UACCAUGCUUAACAACAAACGUUAUAUUCCAUUUUCUAAAAGUAAAUUUAUUUUACUCCUCUUGAACAAAAUAUUGCAUGCGUUGGUGCCACGACUGACAAGAUGGCCGUGGGCUCUAAAAGACAAACCGUUUUUAAGAUUCUUCUGAUAGUAACCUCUGUCCUUGUCUUCUGGCUCGUUCAUCAGCUUACCGUGAACGGCCAUUACAACCUUCUUUUCAAAUCAAGCCUACAUAAGAAAAUACUUCUUAUUUUUCAAGAUCAACAAUUAGAUUUGCCAACUGUUGUCGUCAAAAAAAACUUGAAAAAAGCUCAAAAGAAUGUUAUAAUAGUAGCUCAUGGACGUUCUGGAUCUACAAUAACUGGAGACCUGUUCAACCACCAUUCUUCUGUCUUUUAUCUGUUCGAACCCUUACAAACUGUCGAGCGAAUAAGUUAUCGUGAAAAUAAAACUUCUAAAGACGACUAUGGCAAUCUCAUGGUAGAUAUUUUGACAAAAAUCUUUCGCUGCAACUUCGGCAAGUCAGUGGUUGAGGAUUUUGAACAUUUCUAUCGUGACCCUAGCCAUCUACGUGUUAGCCACGCCAUUGCAUCACCGCCUUUGUGUCCGCAUGAAAUGAGUGAUCCAAGCCUUUGUCCCCCGAUGACAAGUGAAUCUCUUGAAAAAGUUUGUGCCAACAACUACAAAAUCAAUGUGUUAAAAGUCCUCAUGAGUCGCAUAGCAGAAGGAAGCAUUUACAAUAUUUUGGCAGCGUGCAAUCCAACGGAAGUCGAUUGCAAAAUCAUUUUUUUAAUUAGAGAUCCCCGUGCUGUUAUCGCYUCUUCUCGAAGUGUUGGGUUUUUCCAAGACCCUGCCAGCGAUCCAAGCAGAAAGAACUUACGAGAGUAUAGCCAUGAAAAGUGUCAACAAACUGAGGAGAACCUAGAGUUAGUCAAGAACCUUCCACUUAGCUGGCGAAAGCGUAUAAUUAUCCAGCGAUAUGAAGACUUCGCAAUGAAGCCGCUUGAUGGGCUGUUGAGACUCUUUCAAUUCGCUGGGUUGUCCGUUCCAGAUAGCGUGAAAAUAUGGCUCAACCAAACAACGCAACCAAGCAAAGACCACGAAGAACUGAAAGCAGCAUGCAGAGGGUACGAUCCUGCAGUCUGCACCGUAGAUGACUCCUCCUUAGCGGUGAACCGAUGGCGAUGGAAAGUUCCCCUCGCUGACAUUGAUAUCAUGGAACAAUACUGCACACGUGUAAUGAAGAUGAUGGGAUACAGACCUGUGGAUCAGUCUUACGAGUUAAUGUCUAACAUCAGCGUCCCUUUGUUUAGCGAGGAAUACGAAGUAAAAGGAUGGRACUAAGAUGGUUUAUAAGCUAUCAAAGGUGCCGUGUUAGAGGAGUUUUAAUAAUUCAAAAUCCUGUGCAAAUUUGGGGAAUAAUCCGUAUCCCAAUUUGGUAAUCAUAUAAAUCCCUAAAAUAAACGACCGAUAAUGUUCAAUAAUUUUAAAAUUCAGCACUAAUAAUGCAUAUUCUUUUUAAGGAGUGGACUGACAUUUUUGAUAUUACCUUAUUAAAACAGUUAUUUUUAUCAA